CAACAUAGAGAGCAUGUUGCUGCAGCCCUCCUCAGCUCUGCAUGUGUGCUGCCAGUCCAGAUUGCAGAGCGCUAUUGGACACAGGUAGUGGCUCCACUCAUUCAACUUUGAAUAAGGAAACUCGUAUAGUCAGGCCGCUGUUCGAUCGUCGGACUAUGACAGCAAGCAGUUACAGAUAUACAGACAAGUUGCUGCAUAGUGAGUGUGACACAGUAGAAAGUUGCCCAGAGCUGGUGGAAGUGGAUUGAAUGGACUAUGCACUGUGAACUCAGCAUGAUUACUGCGUCUGCACAGCUUUUUGUGUUCGUAUAUUUAACUCUGACUGCAGGCUUGACUUUGGGUUUGGGGUCAAAUCAAGAUGUGGAAUUCACCUUUCUACUACCUGCUGGCGGUACAGAGUGCUUCUUCCAAACUACCGCAAGGAAUGACAGCAUGGAAGUUGAAUACCAGGUGAUAGCAGGGUCAAGUCUGGUUGUUGGAUUUGUCCUCAUCUCACCCAGCGGAUACCAGCUGGUUUCUGACCACAGGAGUUCAGAUGGCAUCCACACGGUGGAACCCACAGAGGAUGGAGACUACCGGCUGUGUUUUGACAACAGCUUCAGCAAGCUGUCAGAGAAGAUGGUGUUCUUUGAGGUGAUCAUUAAUAGUCAGAGCGGCACAGGCGGAGGCCAGGAGGAGUGGGCGGACAUUGCUAUCAUGGAGAGCAUGGUGGAGUACAAACUGGAGGACAUCAGGGCAAGCAUAGAUUCUGUGCACCGGGACCUGGAGAAGAGCCGCCAGGUCCAGGCAGUGCUGCGGGCCUUUGAGGCGAGGGACCGCUAUCUUCUGGAGGACAACUUGUGGCGAGUGUCCUUCUGGUCCUGCCUAAACCUGUUUGUCAUGCUCACUGUUGCGGUCACCCAGGUUUACACGCUGAGACGCCUUUUUGACACUAAGCGGGUCAGAACAUAGCAAUUAUUUCAUUACCUUCAGCCACCAUAGUGCAGAACCUGAAAGGCCUCACAUGUGAAACAGAAAACACUCCAUUGACAUGUGCUUUGUGAGCUGAAUUUAAAGAGAUGCUUCACAGGUUUUGGAAAACUAGUUCACACACUCUUUUUGCUUUUCUUCCUCUAUUGCAGCCAAAAAUUGAUUGCUUUGAUAUUUUGUGACUUCCACUUUCUGCUUUCAUACCAACCCCUAAAAUCACAUUUACAUUACUACAACAUGUGUACACAGAUAUAGAUUGUAUCUACAUAACUAUGUACAAAAUACCUCCAGCGUUGGUAAUAAUGUCAUUAUGGAAGGUAGGAAGCCACAGAUGUUUUCUCUCGAAUGUUGGUUUAUUGAAUUUCAUGGCACUCAUUUAUAUAACUCUAGGCUAUGUUCUAUCAAAUCAGCAGCCAAGCAAACCAAAAUAAUAUUCCUUUGCUGAGCUAUAGACUGUUUACUGUGACAAAAACACAUGUAUUUGCACAAAAAUAAUCUCCCUGACUGAUUUCUCCAUUUGGAGGUUAAAUAGGCAGAAAACAACGUCAUGCAAAUGGCUAAGUUAGUUAUGGCUAAGACAUUACUGCAUUUUUUUUCCAUUAAUUGAAUGCAUCACACUUGAUUCAAGCACUUUGUUGUACAAACACACAAUAUGCAAUAGAAAAAAAAACUGAAUCCAAUCACUAUCAUUGUGCUUUGAACCAUCAUUAACAUUUUCUGUCAUGAAUGAUUUCCAGUGGAGGUUUUUUUCUUUGACCCAACAGAAACAUGUCAAAAUGCAAAUAAAGAGAAUCUCCUGCUGUAUCUUA